AAACCCUGGAAUGGAAUGUGAAAUCAAGACUGAAAUGUACACGUCACCCACCAUGACCUUGAAAGAAGAAAAGUAUUCACCAAUGGAAAUUACAGAUGAAGAAGAAUUUGAUUUAAGUGAAUAUUGUCACUAUGUCUCUUCUCCUACAAGAGACAUUCAAAGGAUCCAGUCUAACAAGAGAAGGAAAACAGAGGAAAAAAGAAACAAAGACAGAUGUCACAAUCGCUCACACCUAACCGUACAUAUGAUGAAGCAUACUGGAGAAAAGCCAGUUCAGUGUUCUCAUUGUGGAAAGACCAUUAAUUAUAUAUCUAGCCUCAAGGAACACCAGAAGAUCCAUACUGGGGAAAAGUCACAUCAGUGUUCUCAGUGUGGAAAAACCUUUCGUCUCAUGUCUGACCUCAAGAGACACCAGAGGAUCCAUACUGGGGAAAAGCCUUAUCAUUGUUCUCAGUGUGGAAAGGCCUUUAACCUAAUGGGUAAUCUUAAAUCACACCAGAAGAUCCAUACUGGGGAAAGGUCUUAUCAGUGUUCUCUGUGUGAAAAAACCUUUAGCCAUAUGGGUAAUCUUAAAACACACCAGAAAAUCCAUACUGGAGAAAAGUCACAUCAGUGUUCUCAGUGUGGAAAAACCUUUAGCCAUAUGGGUAAUCUUAAAACACACCAGAAAAUCCAUACUGGAGAAAAGUCACAUCAGUGUUCUCAGUGUGGAAAAACCUUUUGCCACAUGUCUCAUCUCAAGACACACCAGAAGAUCCAUACUGGAGAAAAGCCACAUCAGUGUUCUCAGUGUGGAAAGGCCUUUAGCCAAAUGCGUUCUCUCAAGAGACACCAGAUUAUCCAUACUGGUGAAAGGCCACAUCCGUGUUCUCUGUGUGGAAAAACCUUUAGCCAAAUGAAUAAUCUUAAAACACACCAGAAGAUCCAUACUGGAGAAAAGCAACAUCAAUGUUCUCAGUGUGGAAAGGCCUUUAAUCAAAUGUCUAGUCUCAAGAAACACCAGAGGAUCCACACUGGAGAAAAGCCAUAUCAGUGUUCCCAGUGUGAAAAGGCCUUUAGCCAAAUGUAUGAUCUUAAGGAACAUCAGAAGAUCCAUACUGGGGAAAAGCCACAUCAGUGUUCUCAGUGUGGAAAGGCCUUUAGCCAUAUGUAUUCCCUCAAUACACACCAGAAGAUCCAUACUGGGGAAAAGCCACAUCAGUGUUCUCAGUGUGGAAAAACCUUUAGCCGUAUGUUUGAUCUCAAGACACACCAGAAGAUCCAUACCGGGGAAAGGCCUUAUCAUUGUUCUCAGUGUGGGAAAACGUUUAGCCUUAUGUGUAAUCUUAAAUCACACCAGAAGAUCCAUACUGGAGAAAAGCCACAUUAGUGUUCUCAGUGUGGAAAGGCCUUUAGCCAAACGUCUCAUCUCAAGAGACACCAGAGGAUCCAUUCAAAUUAUGUGCUGCCCUGCUAAUAAAUGAUGGAGUAUCACUUACUGAAAUAUUUAUGAUAAGAUGAGUUUAAAAAAAAUGUGAUGUACAUGAUGAAGUAUUAUUUUUUCAUGAUUGAAUACAUUUGUUUUUCUAAAGUAAGUGUUUUUCAAGUAUGUGUAGAUGGGGAUGGGGUGAAGGGGCGUGUGUGUUUUGGUGUAAAAUAUAUAAUCGACAAUCAGCAGUUUUAGAUAUAUAUUCCUUUACCAGCGCCUCAUAUGAAGAUUCUCUACAGCUCAAAGAUGAGUGUUGAGUGUCAGAGAUGGGGGAAGAAAGAAAGAGGACAGGGGGAGGGGGGAAGGAGCAUAACAUUGUCAUUGAAAAGGGUAGACACACACACAAACAUGACUACCUCGGGAAAACAGACCCUGCACUCACUGUAGUAACAGGGUAAUGGAGUAUGAGUUACUUUUCCUGACAGAAUGUAAUAUAACAACAUAAGGGAAACCUACUUCUCAAGAACAGAAAACAUUUGCUCUGGGUUGACAUAAGUAAAAAGAGAAGAAAAAUGAUCAUUCCUCCUGGGUGAAACAAUGCAUACAUCUUAUGUCCCAGUAUCUACACUCCUGCCACAUAUUGAGAUAGAAUACCAUAUGACUAUCAAUAAUAAAUAAAAUAUUAACAUUUAUUGUUGGUUUUUUAUUUCCCAUUAGCUGUAGGUGUAGCUAAAAUCUCAAAACACAUCAAGAAACAUACACUAGAAAAAACAUCCUUUGUUCUGACCAUACACAGCAAAUAUCAGGUCUUUAGUUCAUUAAUGUUGAUCUUUUUGUUAGCUACAGAAGCAGAGCAUUUUAAGGUUGAUGUUAAACACCAGUUAACCCUUAGGGUAAAGGUAGGUUUUUGUUAGGGUAUGUUUACAUUUGAUUUAAAUAAAGAAAUAUUUUACUUCAUUCCCUCAUGUUAUUAUUGCUGUCUUCUGUUCUGCUCUGCUGCUAAACUGGUACAGCAGGUUUGACAGCUGCAGUCACCUUAUUAAGUGUAACAUUGCUCAGUACCAGGAAGAGGAAGUCAUCAAGGCUCAUGACACUUUGCUGUAUUAAUCAUCAUAUUUUAUACUUUUGAGGAGGGAAGAUAAUGGGAAUCCAAAGCAUUUGUGUUGAUUUUGACGCCAUAAAUGAACGCAAUACUUUCUCCAAGGGGGAUUACAUAAGUGGACGAAUUACUGUAGAGGUUUCAAGUCCAACAGGGAUCCAGUCACUCACCAUCAAGGCAAAGGGUAAAGCGGGUGUGCUCUGGAGUGAACAUCACCAUCAGACCACAGUUGUACUCCAUGAUAAAGACAAAUAUUUUUCCCAGGAACAGUACUUACUGAAGGAGAGCCAAAGUCCCGAUGGUAAGUUAUUAGUAUGCAGUCUUUUGUUAUUGAAAUAAGAAUGAAUGUACCUUGUACAAUUAUCUUAUUAUUAAGUUAAAUCAGUUAGGAUUUAUGGUAGAUCCCUGUAACUUGGAUAUGCUGUAGUGAUAAAUAAGAAAGCUAAUCAAUUAAGUUUUGUAGGGUCAUGACAUUAAUUUAUUUUAUCAAUAGAGUUUGUUCUUUGUGGUUCUUGAUAAUGUAUCUCACUUUAAGAGGGGCUGUUGAUCUUGGACGUGGAAGGCAUGUGUACCCAUUCACAUUCCAGGUUCCCAACAAGUAAAUUACUGACCUAAUCUGA